GAUAGGCCGGCCCGGCGCGCGCGGGGCCUGCUGGGAGAGCACGUCCCCGCCGCCACUCUGCCGGUUUGAACUUGGCGGGCCCGAUGUGGGCGGCCGGGCUGUGGGGGGCUGCUUCGCCGGCUUCCGACGCUCGGUCCUCGGCCGGCUGCAGGUCCAGGUCUCGGCCUUCCUCCGGCCCCUUCUCCGACCUCAUGGCGGGCGCCCCGGGGCAGGGGCCGGAGACGGUGACGGUCUGCUCGCCGUCGCCGCCGCUGAGCUGCAGCAAUUCCACCAUGUCACUGUUGUCUCCCCUUGGCCACCAGAGCUUCCCGUUUGACUACGACGAUGGCGACGGGGAGGAUGAGGAGGACGUGGAGGAAGAUGCUCAGGAUUCAGAAGCUAAGGUGGCGAACCUGAGAGGAGUGGAGUUACAGGGGUGCGUCAGCGGUGUGGUUGGGUCAGAAGAUAACCAAGAACAGAAACAGGUGUGCCUACCAGAAAGCCACCUGACACCAUGGGAAGUGUGGUUUGUUGGCAAAGAAAAAGAAGAACGUGACCGUCUGCAACAGAAGGCUCUGGAGGAAUUAAAUCAACAGCUAGAAAAAAGAAAAGAAAUGGAAGAACGUGAAAAAAGAAAGGCAAUUGCUGAAGAAAAGCACAAGGAAUGGGUUCAGAAGAAGAAUGAACAGAAAAAAAAAGAAAGGGAACAAAAAAUUAAUAAAGAAAUGGAGGAAAAAGCAGCAAAGGAGAUGGAGAAAGAACAUUUGCAAGAAAAGGCAAAAGAAAAAUAUCAGGAAUGGUUGAAGAAAAAAAAUGCUGAAGAAUGUGAGAAGAAGAAGAAAGAAAAGGAAAAAGAAAAACAACGGCAAGCUGAAUUACAGGAAAAAAAGGAAAUAGCAGAGAAAAAGUUUAAGGAAUGGUUGGAAAAUGCAAAAAAUAAACCUCGUCCAGCUGCAAAGGGCUAUGGUUAUGCCAACGGAAAACUUACAGGGCGGAGUACUGCGCGGCGUGUGACCCCGACACAAAACCGGUGGGCCUUCGGGCUUGCCCUUGUUGGAAAUGGCGCUGCAUGUUUUUCUUUGUGCCUCAUGUUGGAAGCUCAGGCCUUGCUGACAGCUGCCUUCACUUGUUUAAGUGAUUUAUUAUUAAAAAAUACUCCCAUUCUGUUCUGUUCACACAAUAGAACAUAUUCCAGACUUUGUUUUGACCAUCUUGGUGAAGUGUGUGUUGACAUAUCUCUGCAGUCAAAGUGGGUUGCCAGUGUCUGAACGACACAUUCCUGCUGUCAGGGUUCAGGCCUCUCCCACAUGUCAUAGAAGUCAUCCAUUACAGCUAGUAGGCACCGGGCAUGGUCUGCUCUUUUUUCUUCUUUUCCUGUCUGAAAAAAAAUAGUAAUAAGCGGUGGUUUUGACCAAAGGAUUGGAUGGGAAAGUGAAAACUUUAGGUGGGAAUAUACGUAUUUACUAGAAGUUAUUUGCUAAAAUAAUGGAUUAUUUUAUUAAUUUUUUUGCAAUUUAAAUGAGUUUUGUUCAAAUAAACUUUUGUCUGCAAAUGCUCUACUGCUUUUAAUAAGCAAAAUUUUAGUGAUAUUAUGAAAUCUGAUCAAUUUGAGUGAUAGUAAUGUAGAAUUCCAGUCAUUAUGAAU